CAUUAAUUUUGUAUUAAAAGAAGGAAUGGCUGCCUUCCUUAUAAUGUGUCAUGGGCUGUUGGUAGUUGAUAUCACUGGCUGUGUCCGGGACUCCGGGUGUUUGAAACCCGCACACGACUGAUGUGUCCCACAGAUUUAGUGACAAUGUCCUUGCCCUAUGUGGACUAGUAUGCAUCAAGCGCAAUACCGAUGUUCAAGGACAUCGACGUCAUCCAGUGCUUACGAGGGAAGCUUAGCCUUGAAAAAGGAGUUUCAAAGUUAGUCCGCAGCACCUCAAACCCCACUAUCAGUACUCCAUGAUGCUACCGCUUGUCCUGUAUGACAUCCUCUCCGAGCUACCAGGCAAUAACUGGUCAGCCAACCCCGCAAAGCCGAGGUUCGUUUUGAGCUACAAGGAUCUUCCAUUCGGUGACCCUCUGGGUCGAAUACUCAGACAUCCCUAUCGCUAUGAAGGCCAUCGGUGCAAAGCCAAACAAACGCCGAGAUGGCUCGGACGUUCUACACCGUCCCCGUCCUCAGCGACCCCCAACACCGGUGCCCUGAUCACCGACUCCCUCGAAAUUGCUUCCUACCUUGAAAAGACAUAUCCCGAGAAGCCCAUCUUCCCAAACAACUCAGAACCCAAUGAUACGCGCUGCCAAAUUCUUCAUGAAGCUCGUUCGAGAGACGUCCCGCUGCCUUGGGAUGAGAAGUACGAUGAAGACUGGGAGCUACUAGAGAAGGUGUACAAUACCGCGUACGAAUGGUACGAGAAGACUGACGGGAAGUGGAUCAUAGGCAACACUCUGUCGUAUGCAGACAUCGUUGUUGCUUGUCAUUUGCUGUGGUACAAACGAGUUUUGAAUGAGGAUGAGUGGGCCAGGAUCAGCUCUUGGAAUGGUGGAAAAUGGGCUCAAGUCCUUGCAGAUGUUGAGAAGGAGUGCAAACUGGCUUAGAAGACUGCGUAUACUGUAG